CGGGGCCGGGGCCGGGGCCGGGGCGGAGGGGCCCGCGCGGGCGCCGCCGUCAUGACGGGCCGCGUGUGCCGCGGCUGCGGCGGCACCGACAUCGAGCUGGACACGGCGCGCGGCGACGCCGUGUGCACCGGCUGCGGCUCGGUGCUCGAGGACAACAUCAUCGUGUCGGAGGUGCAGUUCGUGGAGAACAGCGGCGGCGGCUCGUCGGCCGUGGGCCAGUUCGUGUCGCUGGACGGUGCUGGCAAAACCCCAACGCUGGGCGGCGGCUUCCACGUGAACCUGGGAAAGGAGUCCAGAGCUCAGACCCUGCAGAAUGGGAGACGCCAGAUCCACCACCUGGGGAGCCAGCUGCAGCUCAACCAGCACUGCCUGGACACAGCCUUCAACUUCUUCAAGAUGGCCGUGAGCAAGCACUUGACCCGCGGCCGCAGGAUGGCACACGUGAUCGCCGCCUGCCUCUACCUGGUGUGCCGCACUGAGGGCACCCCGCACAUGCUCCUCGACCUCAGCGACCUGCUCCAGGUGAACGUGUAUGUGCUGGGGAAGACCUUCCUCCUCCUGGCAAGGGAGCUGUGCAUCAACGCGCCGGCAAUAGAUCCGUGCCUGUACAUCCCGCGCUUUGCUCACCUGCUGGAGUUUGGGGAGAAGAAUCACGAGGUGUCCAUGACAGCCCUGAGGCUCCUGCAGCGGAUGAAGAGAGACUGGAUGCAUACUGGCCGGCGCCCCUCGGGCCUCUGCGGGGCAGCACUUCUGGUUGCGGCCAGGAUGCACGAUUUCCGGAGAACCGUCAAAGAGGUCAUCAGCGUGGUCAAGGUGUGUGAGUCCACGCUGCGCAAGAGGCUGACGGAGUUUGAAGACACGCCAACGAGCCAGCUCACCGUGGACGAGUUCAUGAAGAUCGACCUGGAGGGGGAGUGCGACCCCCCCUCGUACACCGCCGGGCAGCGGAAGCUACGCAUGAAGCAGCUCGAACAAGUCCUGUCCAAGAAACUGGAGGACGUCGAAGGUGAGAUCUCCAGCUAUCAGGACGCCAUCGAGAGCGAGCUGGAGAACAGCCGGCCCAAGGCCAAGGGGGCCCUCGCCAGCCUGACCAGAGACGGCUCCGUGGAGGACUCCGCGUCCAGCUUGUUUGGUGAGGAGGACCCCGAGGACGAGGAGCUGCAGGCCGCCGCCAGCCACCUCAACAAGGACUUCUACCAGGAGCUGCUCGGCGCCGGCGUCUCUUCCAGUUCUGGGGACGCAGGAGGCCCCGAGGGGGACAGCCGACCCCCGGCCCUGGAGUCCCUGCUCGGCCCCCUGCCCACGGCGGCCAGCCUGGGCAUCUCAGACUCUAUCCGAGAGUGCAUCUCCUCCCAGAGCCAGGAGCCCACCGGAGCGCGUGGGGACGGCGAGCUGGACCUCAGCGGCAUCGACGACCUGGAGAUUGACAGGUACAUCCUGAACGAGGCGGAAGCCCGCGUGAAGGCUGAGCUGUGGAUGCGGGAGAAUGCGGAGUACCUGCGCGAGCAGAGGGAGAAGGAGGCGAGAAUCGCGAAGGAAAAGGAGCUGGGGAUCUACAAGGAGCACAAGCCCAAGAAGUCUUGUAAGCGACGGGAGCCCAUCCAGGCCAGCACAGCUGGGGAGGCCAUCGAAAAGAUGUUGGAGCAGAAGAAAAUCUCCAGCAAGAUCAACUACAGCGUGCUCCAGGACCUCAACAGCAAGGGCGGGGGCAGCCUGCGUGGGGGCGACGCGCAGCCCCAGGAGCGGGCCGGCGCCCGGAAGCUGUCUCGGAGGAAGACGCCCGCUGGCAGGAGCGGGGCUGACCCCGUGAGCAGCGUGGGGAAGAGGUUGAGGCCGAUGGUGUCCGCCCAGCCGGCCAAGAAGGCAGCUGUGGGGGAGACCUUGCUCCCAAGCUCGCCCAGCCUGGGAGCCGAGCCCAUCAGGCCCACAGCGGUGGUGGAGAGUGGGCCUGUGUCCUACCCGCCCGAGGAGGACCCCGACGAGGAGGACCCCGACGAGGAGGACGGGGAGCCCUGCGUCAGCGCCCUGCAGAUGAUGGGCAGCAGUGAUUAUGGCUGUGAUGGCGAGGAAGAUGAUGGCUACUGAGCCGCAGCCCUGCAGCCUCACCAUAGCGGCUCCGCACCUCCGUGGCACUUGCCAGGAUCCCGUCUGGAGCGCCGUGAGGGGCGUUUGCCCGGCAAGGGGACUGGGCCGGUGUCUGCGCGUCUGGUCCGAUGUGGGUCUUAUGGCCCAGGAACCUUGGCAGGCGGCACCUGUCCUGCCCCACGGGAGGACACUGAGGCAUGAGGAGGCCCACUCUGGGAAGUGAGUGCUGGACGAGGGGGCUGCCCCUGCGGAGCUAGGUGCCUCGCCCCCGCCCCUCCCCGGGCUGAGAAGUGCCGCACCCAGCCUUCCCGCCCCGGUGUCUCCAGCCUG